AUGCCGAAAGCAAAGCAAAAGCGCAGCAAAGGCGGCGACAAAGAUGCCUCCCCCUACGCCCGCCCUGCCGCCGCCUCUGCGAAAGCCUCGGCCGCACACUCGAUCUUCAAGAUGGACAAAGACCUCGGCCAGCAUAUCCUCAAGAACCCCGGUGUCGCAACGGCCAUCGUCCAAAAAGCGCAUUUGAAGCAAUCCGACCACGUUCUCGAAGUGGGUCCGGGAACAGGAAACUUGACAGUCCUGAUACUGAAAGCCGCCAAACAAGUAACAGCCGUAGAAAUGGACCCCCGAAUGGCCGCUGAAUUGACAAAACGAGUUCAAGGCAGCCCGGAGGAAAAGCGAUUAACGAUCCGGUUGGGCGACGUGAUAAAGGCCGAACUCCCCCGCUUCGAUGUCUGUAUAAGCAAUACGCCCUACCAAAUUUCCUCACCACUGGUCUUCAAACUGCUUGCCCUCGCCCACCCACCCCGCUGCUGCAUCCUCAUGUUCCAGCGCGAAUUCGCCAUGCGCCUCUUCGCGCGGCCCGGCGAGAAACUCUACUCCCGCCUCUCCGUCAACGUACAAAUGUGGAGUAAAGUCAGCCACGUCAUGAAAGUCGGACGUAAUAACUUCAAUCCCCCGCCGCAGGUCGAGAGCAACGUCGUGCGUAUCGAGCCGAAGAAUCCGCGGCCGCAGAUUGCGUAUGAGGAGUGGGAUGGCUUGUUACGCAUCUGCUUUGUGCGGAAGAAUAGGACGUUACGAGCGAGUUUCUUGGGUACGGCGGCGGUGUUGGAGUUGCUGGGGGGGAAUUACAGGUUGUGGUGUGCGCAGAAUGAUAUUCCUGUUGAUGACAGUCCGGUGGAUCCGAGUGAGAUUACGGAAGAUGGCGACGAAGCGGAUAUGGACCUUGACGACGAAUUCAAAGGGUUUUCUGACCCGGACGACCCGGACGAUGAACUCCCGGAUUUCUUCAAACAACUCCAGGCGGAGAGUAAGAAGAGGGUUAAUGGCGUGAAUAGGAAGAGGAAGGGGAGGCUGAGUGAACUGGUCAGGGAGAAGGUGAGGAAGGUGUUGGAGGAUGAGACGCAGUUGGCGGAUAAGCGGGCGCGGUUGUGUGAUGAGGGUGACUUUUUGAAGCUACUGUAUGCUUUCAACCAAGAGGGUAUCCAUUUCAGUUAG